UUCAUCGAACUCAAGAAGCAAAGUUCAACCAAAGCAUCGCAUCCGUCUUCUCAGAAAAUAAAUCUUUUGUUAGAAAUGGCCAUUCCAGUCAUUGAUUUCUCAAAGUUGAAGGGCAAGCAAAGAGCCGAAACUUUGGCACAGAUUGCCAAUGGAUGUGAAGAAUGGGGAUUCUUUCAGCUGGUGAACCAUGGGAUUCCGGUGGAGCUUCUGGAUCGCGUGAAGAAGGUAUGCUCGGAGUGCUAUCGGCUCAGAGCGAAGGGCUUCAAGGGAUCCAAACCAGUGCAGCUGUUGAACAAACUGGUGGAAAAAGAAGGGGAAGAGGCCGAUGUUAAGCGCUUGGAUAACGUGGACUGGGAGGAUGUUUUCCUUCUCCAGGACGACAACGAAUGGCCGUCCAACCCUCCGGAGUUCAGCGAGAUCAUGAAGGAGUACAGGGAAGAGCUGAGGAAGCUGGCUGAGAAAGUGAUGGAAGUAAUGGAUGAGAAUAUGGGGUUUGAGAAUGGCUACAUCAAGAAAGUAUUCUCAGGAAACGGUGAGCACCAGCCCUUCUUCGGCACCAAGGUGAGCCACUAUCCGCCAUGCCCGCGCCUGGACCUCGUAAACGGCCUUCGCGCCCACACCGAUGCUGGCGGUGUCAUCCUCCUCUUCCAGGACGACCAAGUUGGUGGCCUCCAGAUCCUAAAAGAUGGGAAGUGGAUCGAUGUGCAGCCUGUGGCCAAUGCCAUCGUCAUCAACACCGGAGACCAGAUCGAAGUACUCAGCAACGGUCGCUACAAGAGCGUGUGGCACCGCGUGCUCACGACCAGCGAUGGCAACCGCCGCUCCAUUGCUUCGUUCUACAACCCCUCCUUGAAGGCCACCAUCACUCCGGGAAUCAGCAACGACGACGCUCCAGCUUUGUACCCCAAGUUUGUUUUCGGGGAUUACAUGGAGGUGUACGUGAAGCAGAAGUUCACGGCCAAAGAGCCCAGGUUUGAUGCAGUGAGAGCUAUGUAAGGAUAAGUUAAUGAUUAUCGAAGUUAUGUUCUGAGAAUAUUCUUUUGUAUCAGAUUUGUUUGUACCAUAAUAAUUGUUUGCUAUGACAAGUAAUUUAUAUAAAACCAGCAGCCCAACGUAUUUU